CGCAUGGAAUAUUUCCUGUUGGCCAACACGUUUGCUGCUGUGCGGGGGAAGGUUUCCACAGCCUCAACGUCAAGUGGCAAUAUCGUUAAAAAUAUACAUUUUUUGGUCUUAUUUAAUGUUAGGCAUAACGUUAGCAGUGUGGUUUAGCUUAUGGUUAGGUUUAAAAUCACAUUUUAAGAUGAGAAAUGUAAGAAAUGGGCGGGGUUUAUGACCUUGUGGUAACUAGUGACGACUGUGUUGGAGCUUGUUAGCUACCAACUAACUCAACUAUAGGAGCUAGCUAACUAAUGUUUACCGGUAAGUUUAUAACACGUUUCCCAUUGUUUAAAUGAUUUACUUAAUAGUUUACAAGCAGGUUAAACCGAUAAGAGUACGACAAAAAGAUGACGUUUAAGUUAACGUUUUGUUUUGCAGUCAGCAAGCACAAACUUUUGGCGGAUUGUUUUUGAUUUAUCCGUUACAAGUCAGCUGGAGCUACCCACCUCCAGAGAUUCAGCUUGUUACUAGCCAGAUAAACACAUGCGUUCUUUACGAUCAGUUUAUGGUAGUGUAACUUGGAUAUCUGACAAGCUAAAAUAAGAAACUAACUUUACAACAUGUCAGUUUGUUUGACAGAAUGACUUCCGGCCAAGGUAACGUUAUCUUUUCUCCUGAGUCAACCGUCACUUCCUUGUUGGCUAGCUCCGGACACCUGAGAGGCACCCAAAGGGACAACGAUCUGUCUCUCACCGGUAUCAGAUACCGGGACCGUGACUAUGAAUCGGCUACUGAGGCCCUGGAAGCCUACAUUGCAGACUUUGACAGAAGCUUGCACACUUCUGAAACUUCUACCGGGAGACUGCAGCUCCAGAAAAGCCUGAUAAGUUCUGCUCUGCCCAGAACUGAGUUCAGGAAUAAAGAUGUUCUUAGAGAGAGACUAACAGACAGGGAGCUGGAUUUCCUGAAUCUUCCUGUGGGUUCUGGUCACCGUGGAGCCUCAGACUGUAUCAGCCUGACCACCGACGACCUGUUGGUGCUCCCCUGUGAUGGCUCCCUACCCGUGACUCGCACCUCUGCCUUCCUCACCCAGUCUGGGGACUACCCCCUGGGGCAGAACUCCCACUCUAACUCCUGGUCCUCUAGGAGGCCUAGGCCUAACAGCAGCUCUCAUAUUAAACGCUGCCUGCACUACUCUGCCCCUCACAACACUCCUCACAAGCUGUACCAGUCCAGAGCUGGAACUCAAGCACAGGAAACCCAAAAGACAGAGCCCUUCACAGGCCCCAGAGUGAAGGGGAGCCUGUGGCCCCAGCCCCAGCAUGGUCUCUACCACCAGACCACAGACUCCCCUGGCCCUUUCUCCCCCCACCAUGACUACCCUCGCUGGCUGACCAGCCAAAAGUCUGAGAUGGAUUUCUCUGGGGUCACCAGCAUUCCUGACCUGAAGUACCCCGCCUGGCUCCAGGAGUGUGACAAUGUUCCCAAAGACAUUCCCACCACUAAUAUAAACCUCUCAGAGUCUCAUAAGAAGACACAGCAUAGGGGCUGGGGCCCGACCCAGACCUUGCCCCCAUCCCCUAGACCUCCCUCCUGGCUGGGCGAGCUGGAGGCUUCCUAUGAGGAGCUAAAGGAAGGACAGAAGGACAGUAACGGCGGCCAUCUUGAGGAUGUCUCUGGUUCUGAUGAUGACAGGCAACGACUUCUCAGAGGAGAGGCUGAUCACAGGACACUGAGGGAGUUUAGACUACAUUUUUCAGAGCGGCUAGCUUUAGCUGCCGAGGGAGAACGGAGCACUGAUUUCCACAAGGUCUCCGGAGAUGAUAAGAUCGAGAGUUUGAUCUCGAAGGCAGAGAAGGUCCUUAACUCUCCUUCGUUAGGCCUAAACACUAACAGCCAGCUGCAGAACUCACCGUCACUAGGCCUGACCAGCCAGCUGCAGAAGGACAUGGGACACAGCCCUGGUGGCUCAGAGGAUGUCCUAGAGGCUGAUCGCUCUUGGGACAACCCUGUCAUCACAUUUAAAUCUCCAGUGCCUGUAGGGGGAGCAGAAGACACACUGGUCACCACAGAGCCUCUGAGAGACAGGAAAGACGAGGCUGCCUCAGGCUCAUGUUCGUCGGGCUACAGCAGCAGGAAACACCCUGGUCCGGUGGAGGCCCUCAAACAAAUGCUGUUUAGCCUUCAAGCCGUGGAGCAACAGGUCAGUCUGGAGACAGAAACGGAAGAAACCUUGGAGAAUGGUUCAACGCCAACGUCGGAGGACGGCACACAACCACUGACGAUAAUGAGGUCAGAUGACUAUGACACUGCAUUCGGUGGACAAUCAUUAAAGAGGGCCCUGCAUCACCUUGGGAGAUUGAAGAGUCUUGUUGAAGACUCAGCUGGUGUAAAAGCCACAUCUCAGGAAGGGAAAUACUCGUAGAAGACCAGCCAUAUCUUCCUAAGAGGACUUGCAUCGUUGUGUUGGUUACGUGAAAAUGGUCUGAAAAAGCAGAAUGUCUCGGUCUUGAUUUGGACGCUGAACAUGGAGGGCCAAAACAAGUAAAAUCUCAAUGACAGGGGAAUUUCAGUGUCUUGAUUAUUCAAGAUCAGCACACAAUUUUGUCCCCCAUUAACUACUCUAAUAGCCUAAUGUUUGUAUUGUAUAUCUCAAGUGCACAUAACAUCUAGUGAAUUCAGUAACGCCUUAUAAGCAGUAAGAUCUCACAGAACCUGAUUUAAUAAAAUGUACAUUCACAUUGA